ACUAGAUUUAUUUAUUAAUGUCACGCUUUAACAAUAUUUCCGCAUUAUCAAUUUAUUAAUUAUGGUGCAGACUUAUAUAUUUCUUGUCAUAUUAUCGGUCAAUUUCUUUCGCUUGAAUGGGACGAACACAACCUACAGAAGAUGUGAAACAAAAUUUGGGAAUGGUACGAUUAAGGUCCACUGUUGCGAUAAUCACGAAACCAAAAAUGGAUUAUGUGUUGAAUGUACUACUGGAUUUAUAUCUGAUAUGGGUGAACCUUGCCAGCAAUGUGGUAUUGGGUUGUACGGCAGAAAAUGUGGCGACAUAUGCAAAUGUAACGCAUAUGAGAUAUGCAAUCAUGUCAUAGGAUGUUUAAAUUUUACAUAUGAAGUGUCAAGUACAAAACUAAUUGCAGGGAGUGGACAUACAGAUAAUGCAAAGACACCUCCUGACCAAAUAGGGUCACUGAAAAAGGAGACGGCUUUAUAUGUAGUUUGUACAAGUGUCGUUACGUUUGUAUUGACCAUGUGUUUGGUUACAUUGAAACGUUACAGAAAAAGAAGAACAAACUUGAGCAUGCAGAUAGUUGUCAAAAGUGCAAAGAACGAGAAUAAUGCCAAUGAACCAAACCAAGCGCAAGAUUAUAAUGAAAGAGUUUAUGAUACAAUCGAUGAGUCGCAAAUAAUUGAAAUGCCAACUCGACAUCCAGAUAGUGUUGAAAGUUCUUUAACUCAAGACGACAUCAAACCUUCUGAUGGAUAUCUCAAUCCUUAUCAACCAAUGGAACCUGACCCCUUAAUCCAUGAUUAUAGCAAAGUCAAACCUUUAGGCGAAACUGAUCCACCACAAUACAUCAAUGUCCAAGGCGAGCAUGUUUCUCUUCACAGACUGGUAGAAAAUGACGCAAAACAAAAUACUUCUGUUACGAGUUCCCCAUCAUCAUUUCUAGACAAGAAAACAGACAUGAAGCGUUCGGAUUAUAUCAGCAUGCAUUAAAUGUCAUUCAAAACAAUUGAAUAAAACUCUCAAUAGAGUGUCCUACCGAAACUUUAAUCUCGAAUUACAACUACGAAGCUUCUUAACAGUCCUAAGUUCAAAGCAACCUUUGUCAACUGAUACAAUGAGUAAAGCCGUUUUAACUUGUAUUAGUUACAAUUAAAGUCAAAAUCAUAUUUGGUUUUUAAAAAUCAAA